AUGCUUGCCAAUGACAGCGUCUCGUACCAUCGAGAAAAAUACCAAGACUGCCCUCAUAACAUCAUUCACUUGUUCCGUCACCAUGGACUGUCCGAACAAGACGCAUAUGAUAGAGCUCAAGGAAUGCUCCGGGAGCGGUAUCGAGAGUGGUAUCUCGCUCUCGCAGAUCUUCCAGUAUGGGGUGAAGGAAUUGAUAAGCAGGUCCACCGCUACAUUAAAGGCAUUCAGGAUGUAGCAUCUGCCAAUGCUCAUUGGAGCUUCCGGACUGAAAGGUACUUCGGCAAGGACAGGCACGAGAUUCGUCGGACCAGAGUGCUCGUCGAAGGACAGGUUGACUGGCUCCCACCUAUCGUGCUUGCUAAUACAUAUGCUGUCGUGGACAACGAGCCAGUUGUUGCCUGUGCCAGAGACGCGAAGGUGAACAUGGGUCGCUAUUUGAAGGUGAUUGAGGCCUGA